AUGGAUCCCAACACAGACACUGAGGCAUUGCCCGGCACUGAAGCCUACUAUAGGGAUCUCAAUAAUACCAUCUCAUCAGACAGCGAUGUUAUGGAACGGCUCUCUAAAUUGUCAAGGAGACUAUCUCAUAUGACCGCCAACGAUAUGGAGACUUUCCAAAUGGACCCUGCUGAUUUCAACUUGGACAAGAUCCUCAAACAUAUAGUCAACUUCGCGCAAGAAAACAACACUUCUAAACCACAGCUAGAGGUUGUCUUUAAAGACUUGACGGUUCUUGGUAGAAACACUUCGGCUUCGGUACUGCUAGAUGUCUCGGAUGUCUUCUUCAAACCAAUCCAGGUUCUCUAUGAUAGGUGUUUCAAUCGACACCGUAAGGAGACGUUUGAUUUCUCUAAACUCCCCAAAAAGAGGAAAGUAAUUAAAGAUGUCAGCGGCUAUUGUUCACCAGGUACAAUGACAUUGGUCUUGGGCCGACCUGGAGCAGGAUGUUCGACGUUACUCAAGUCGCUUGCAGGAGAGGCAAAGACUUAUAUUGGCAUAAAGGGGGAGCUUGCCUUUAAUGGCAUUCCAUCAAACCAGCUGUUUAAGUUCUUCAAAAACCUCUGUGUGUACAACCCAGAGCUGGAUGUCCAUUUACCCCAUUUGACUGUCGGUGAAACGCUAGCAUUUGCCAUCAGUUGUAAGACCCCCAACGUGAGGGUCGACAAUGAGACCCGAGGUGAAUAUAUCAGCAACAUGAAGAACAUCUACGAGAUUAUUUUCGGAUUGAAGCACGUUGAAAAGACUAAAGUGGGUAACGACUUUAUCAGAGGUGUCUCUGGUGGUGAACGUAAGAGAGUGUCCAUAGCAGAGGCAAUGGUUGCAGAUGGAAUGCUUACCUGCUAUGAUAAUGCAACUAGGGGCUUGGAUGCAUCGACUGCCUUGGAAUUUAUCGAAAACUUGAGGACUGUCACCAACAUCACCAAGACAACAUCAGUCGUAACCAUCUAUCAGGCCAGUGAAAAAAUAUAUAGGCUCUUUGACUACGUCACUGUCCUCUAUCUAAGUAGGCAGAUAUACUUUGGUCCAAUCGACAAAGCUGUGGAAUUCUUCACCAAGAUGGGGUUUGUCAAGGAAGAUCGACAGACAAGUUCGGAAUUCUUGACUUCUAUUACAGACGCAAACGCUAGAAAAUGCCGCCCGGGACUUGAGGAGAAAUUACCACAGACACCAGAGGAAUUUGAAACUUAUUGGCGUAACUCUUUAGAAUACAAGGAGCUGAUGAACGAAAUCGGCGAAAAAUCAGCACAAUAUUCUGCUGAUGAAUCAUUCCAGGCAAUUGAAAAUUCCAACCACAUACUCAAGGAGAAAGGGACAUCUAAACACUCCUUCUAUACUGUCAAUUACCUUACACAACUCAAACUAUGCUGCAUUAGGCGUUUUCAAAGUACAAUCAACGACAAGGCUUACACUGUUACCUUCAUCUCUGCAGCUGUUAUCCAGUCCUUGAUUAUUGGUUCCUUGGGUUAUAACUCGCCUAACUCGACAUUGGGAGCCUUCACAAAGGGAGGUGUGAUUUUCUUUGCCUGUCUUUAUUUCUCCAUCAUGUCUUUGGCACAAACCCCUGUGUUGUUUGACGAUAAACCCGUAUUAAACAAACAGUAUGCUUACCAUUUCUACCACCCUUCAGCUGAAUUAAUUGCCAAACAGAUUAUACAAAUUCCAAUCCGGUUGAUUGCCAUUGUUCUAUUCUCCAUCAUCAUGUAUUUCUUAUCUAAUAUGAAGCGUGAACCAGGCCCUUUUUUCCAAUUCCUUCUAAUGAUUAAUCUGGUUGUGUUAGCUGUCAGUUCCUUGUUUACAUUGAUUUCUUCGUUUAUGCCCACCUUGGCCGCAGCAAUGGCAAUAUGUGGUGUGGUCACACUAGGGUUGGCUCUCUAUUCCUCUUAUAUGAUCCAACUGAACUCAAUGUAUUGGUGGUUCAAGUGGUUUGCAUACACAAACCCAAUUUUGUAUGCUUUCGAGGCAAUGAUUACUAUGCAAUUCCACAAUCGCCGAAUGGAAUGCUUCCCAAUGAGCUUAAUUCCCUAUGGUCCCGGUUAUGAGAACGUCAAUCCUAGAUUGAACCAAGUCUGUGGUUUUGUUGGUGCCUCUCUAUCCAAGAUCAAGUAUGGUGGCUCGAAUGACGUGGAUGGCGACAUUUAUAUCAAGUUGGCAUAUACCUACACCUUUGGCCAUGUUUGGAGAAAUUUCGGUUUUAUGUUUAUUUUCAUCUUUGGUUAUUUGGUUAUAAAUGCAAUUGCUGUGGAAUUGUACAAUCCAAUUCCAUCUUCUGCUGAUAAGUUGCUCUUUAUUAGGAAUGCAAGGGUCUCUGGCGCAUUGGUGGAACAUUUCAAACAAAUAGCACCUGCUGAUGGUGAAAAGAUUGCAGAAGGUGAUCAGGAAGAAACUGGAGGAGCAAAUGGUACACCACUAUCGUUUGAAAAAGAUAUGGAAUCUCAGCCUCCUGAUACUAAUGAUUCCUUUGAAGGUUUAGGAUCGAGUGAUAUCUUUUGCUGGAGAGAUGUGAACUAUACUGUCCCAUAUGCAAACACUGAAAAAAAGUUGUUGGAUAAUAUUCAGGGAUAUGUUCUGCCAGGUACAAUGACAGCCCUAAUUGGGGAAUCUGGUGCUGGUAAAACGACAUUGUUGAAUGUUUUAUCCAGGCGUACCGAGGUUGGUGUUAUUACGGGUGAUAUGUUUGUCAAUGGAGCCCCUGUAGAUUCUUCCUUUGAAAGGAGAACCGGGUAUGUCCAACAGCAAGAUUUACAUGUUGCUGAGUUAACAGUCAAGGAAUCCCUUUUGUUCAGUGCCAGAUUGAGAAGACCUCGUAGUGUCCCAGAUGAGGAGAAAAUUGAGUAUGUGGAUAAAGUCAUGAAAAUCUUGAACAUGGAAGACUAUGCAGAUUCCAUUGCUGGUGUCCCUGGUUACGGUUUGAAUGUUGAACAGAGAAAGAAACUAUCAAUUGCUACGGAAUUGGUUGCCAAGCCUUCUUUGUUGUUGUUUCUUGAUGAACCCACCUCUGGUUUGGAUUCGCAAUCUUCGUUGGCUAUUAUCCAGGUCAUGAGGAAACUGGCAAACGCUGGGCAGGCAAUUCUUUGUACCAUUCAUCAGCCUUCUGCUGUUUUGUUUGAGCAAUUUGAUAGACUACUACUUUUAAGAAAAGGUGGUCAAACAGUUUAUUUUGGUGACAUUGGCGCAAACUCGGAAGUUUUAUUAUCUUACUUUGAGAGACAUGGUACUAGGAAAUGCGAACCUGAUGAAAAUCCAGCAGAGUAUAUUUUGACAAUUAUUGGUGCAGGUGCUACUUCAGGGGUGAUGACCGAUUGGCACCAGUUAUGGCUUGAAAGUGAAGAAUGCGCCAAUGUGACCAAGAAAAUUGACGAGCUGGUCGAAACAGGUAGACACAAGGAAAUUAAAGUAGAUCCCGAAUUGACAAAAACAUAUGCUACUCCAUAUUCAUACCAAUUCUACCAGGUUAACAAGAGAACGUAUACCCAGCUAUACAGAUCUUUACCAUAUGUGUUGCCUAAAUUAUUCCUUAAUGUUGUUGGUGGGUUGGUUACCGGAUUCUCCUUCUGGAAUGCCAAAUACACAAUUGUCGGUAUGCAGAAUGUUAUGUUUGCCAGCUUCUUAACACUCGUUGUCAGUGCUCCAAUCAUGAAUCAAAUCCAAACAUAUGCGAUUGCUUCUAGAGAAUUAUUUGAGGUUCGUGAGUCCAAGUCAAACACAUUCCAUUGGUCAUGUCUCUUGAUUGCACAGUACUUGAAUGAGCUUCCUUAUUGCAUUAUCAUGUCUACGAUCUAUUUUGUAACUUGGUAUUUUCCUAUUCAAUUAGACAACUCACCUUCAAGAUGUGGGUUGUGGUGGUUUGUCUAUUGCUUCUUCUACCAGUUGUAUUAUCCAUCUCUAGCUUUGGCUAUCUUAUAUCCGUCACCAGAUCUACCUUCAGCAAAUGUCAUCAUGGGAUUAAUUUUCAGUUUCACUAUGGCUUUCUGUGGUGUUUUCCAACCUCCUUCAUUGAUGCCUGGUUUUUGGAAGUUCAUGUGGAGAGUAUCACCAUUAACUUACUUUGUCAGUGACUUGUUGAGUAUCUCAUUGCAUAACAGACGUGUCGAAUGUGCACCUGAAGAGAUGAACGUUUUACAGCCGCCUAGUGGAAUGACGUGCGGAGAUUAUUUGGAACCUUAUUUCAAGGUUGCCACUGGUUAUGUUUCAAAUCCUGAAUCUUUUAGCGACUGUGCAGUUUGCAGAUAUUCGAUUGCCGAUCAAUAUCUUGCUAGUGUUGGUAUUACGUUUCAUCAAAGAUGGAGAAAUAUUGGGUUCUACUGUGUUUACAUCAUAGUGAAUUUCUUUGGUAUGAUUGUAUUGUAUUGGAUCUUCAGAGUCAAAAGAUUUAAACCAUGGACCAAACUUCCAACAUUGAAAAAACACUGA